ACACCGCGCAGGGCCGGGAAGACAAACCGAGUAAACGUCGCUGGUUUAUCUUCAGGUUUUCAUGCAGUCAGAAGCUGAUCUGUUUCCAUAAAACUUCCCUGAUUAGACAGUGAGCAGAGCUGGGGGUGUAUUAUGUAGCUGAGAGCGGGGCUGAUUUUGAGCAGACUGACCUCUGAAAUGCUGCUUGUCACUUUGACGCUGCUUGCUGACUGGUUAGCUUACGGCGGCUAACUUGGUGAUGUGAACUAACUCAGCCCGGAAAGUGGACACAAGCGAGCCCCCAAACUAUCUGGUGCUCUAAUGUUCCCAUGGAGAAGGCAGCCUUUGAGGGGUGGCUGGAGUCAGUCUCUGCCACUUUCCUUACCCUAAGUGACCAUCAGCGUAACCAGUCCCUGGAUCAGCUCAUCUCGCUAAGUGGUGCUGCCCAGCUUCGUCAUUUGUCCAAUGGACUGGAGACACUGCUCAAGCGUGACUUCCUGCGCCUCCUUCCUCUGGAGCUGGCUUUCUACCUGCUGCGCUGGUUGGAUCCCCACACCCUGCUCACCUGCUGCUUGGUGUGCAAACAGUGGAAUAAGGUGAUAAACUCGUGCACGGAGGUGUGGCAGGGUGUGUGUCGGGAGCUGGGCUGGCGGAUCGACGAGUCCAUUCAGGAUGCUUCCCACUGGAAGGGAGUCUACCUGAAGGCUAAACUGCGCAUGAUGCAGCUGAGGGACCAGGGGGCCUUUGAGACCUCGUCUCUCAUCGGUCACAGCGCUCGGGUCUAUGCCCUCUACUACAAAGAUGGUCUUCUGUGCACAGGCUCUGAUGACCUGUCCGCCAAGCUGUGGGACGUCCGCACUGGACAGUGCAUUUAUGGCAUUCAGACUCACACCUGCGCGACCGUCAAAUUUGAUGAACAGAAACUAGUGACCGGGUCCUUUGACAACACCAUUGCAUGCUGGGAAUGGAGCACCGGGGCCAAAACCCAGCAGUUUCGUGGCCACACAGGAGCAGUCUUCAGUGUGGACUACAACGACGAGCUGGACGUGCUGGUCAGCGGCUCUGCAGACUUCACCGUGAAGAUCUGGGCUCUGUCUGCUGGUGCCUGUCUCAACACGCUCACAGGACACACCGAGUGGGUCACCAAGGUGAUCCUACAGAAAAGUGAAGUGGAGUCUGUGGUGCACAGUCCUGGUGAUUAUAUCCUCCUAAGUGCGGAUAAGUAUGAAAUUAAGGUCUGGCCCUUAGGAAGGGAAAUCAACUGUAAGUGUUUGAAGACACUGUCUGUAUCGGAGGACCGCAGCAUCAGCCUGCAGCCGCGCCUGCACUUUGAUGGCCGCUACAUCGUCUGCAGCUCCGACCUCGGCGUCUACCAGUGGGACUUUGCCAGCUUUGAGAUCCUCAGGGUGAUUAAAACCCAGGACCCGGCCAACCUGUCCCUGCUCAGCUUCGGUGAGGUGUUUGCGCUCCUUUUCGACAACAACUUCCUGUAUGUGAUGGACCUGAGGACAGAGGCCAUCUCAGGCCGCUGGCCCCUCCCAGCCUACAGGAAGUCCAAGCGGGGGUCCAGCUUCCUGGCAGGGGUGACGUCCUGGCUGAACGGCCUGGACGGGGAGAAUGACUCUGGACUGGUCUUUGCCACAAGCAUGCCUGACCAUAGCAUUCACUUAGUCCUGUGGAAGGAGAAUGGGUAGCGGAGUCCUGCCGCCGCGGGGACUCCGGCCGGAUGCUGUGUGCAGCUUUUUCAGUUUCACUUCCUGUCAGCCUGCUGGUUGGACGGAGACAUGGAAGCAAGGCCAUGACAAAGAACACAUUCAGGCUCCAUUCUGCUCGUACUGGACUAACAUUCAGGACAAUCCUCCACUCGCCGCCUCAGGUUCGGCUACACUUUGACCCUACGUUCAAGUUACCGGUUGCUGGCUUGUUUUGGGGCGUUCACGUGCCAAAACAUCAACAGGAAGCUGGAUUCCUUCAGAAGUUAAAGGACUGCCUUAACGGGGGGACGCUGUCCCACAGGAGGAGGCUUCACGCUCUGUCUGUCCGCUCUCGUGUGCCUUCACACCUCACGGAGUUCUGUCGCACCUGCGGCGCUGUGCAGAAGUCUUAGGCAACACCUGAAAAAUCCACGAGACAAAUAAUAUGUCAGAUCAGUCCAGAUGAUAAAAAUCUACUUUUCUGUCUCAUGACAGUGAUGAAAUAUUUUUUCUUUGAGUUGUUAAAGUAUUUGUGUUUUCAGCGACCUGAAAAGUUUUUUUUUUUUUUUUUGUAAAGGAAAAUUUAGGAAUUCAAAUUUUACUGACUUUUAUUUCUUUUCUUUUUUUACAAACACGGGUGUGCAUUAAGGCAUCUCUGCAGCACUGCAGCGCACUGCUGCAUCUUCUGUUCUCGUAUUUAGCGCGCUGCGCCGGUCUGAGAUGGGAUUUUAUAGCUGAGGACUCUGAACUGUUUUUACGAACAUCAGCUUUAUUUUUGUAAAGACCUCCAUACGUUACAGAACACAAAUUAAUCCAAACUCUUCACCUGGAACACACGCGCCAUUUUAUAACGGACCUACGGUGGCCAUAGAAUGUCCACUGACCCUUCAGCUUUUACAGCUGUUCAUUUCUGAAAACAUCAACAUGGACACAUGAAUGGACUUAAACCUGACGAUAAAUAAUUGCACAAAUGUGCAGAUGUGAAAAGAUGUAGUUCACCUUUAUAAGCGGUUACCUUGAAACAAACUGGUGAUGCUGCAGGAAUUGGGGAACUAAACUGUUGGAGAUAAAUCGGUGCUGAAGAAAUCUGUUCAGUCUCCAGCUGCUUGUCCUUCAGUUCUGAGUGAGCACAGAGAAACCCGCGGCCUCUCAGAGGCUGUCCUCCGCCUGUUCCACAGUUACAGCAUCUCCGUCCAGUGGACACACUGACAACAGUCGUCAUGUCCCUCACCCACGUCCCAGACUGAGGGAACGUGCACGUUUCAUCAGCCCUGAGAGUAAUUACCUUUUUUUGUAGUAAAAGUAAUGCACUUGUCCACACGCAGCUUAGUGUUUAAAAAAGAUGUAUUUGAAACCUG